AUGGACUCCAAGGACGUUUUUGAGCACUACCAGGCUGCUGCUACUUCUUCUGCUCAAAAGAAAGAUAGCAAGAGGGCCCGAGGGGAAAGUAGCAAGACCCCCUCGAAGAAGGCUCGAACAGACGAUGUUCCAACCAAUGCCCCCUCCAAGGAGAACUCACCACCUCCACCUUCCUCCAAGCAGGCGACUCCCACUCCUGCUGAUCCACAGCCUUCUUCCAAGGCUCCUGACAAAGAGGCAUUAGACAUUCGGCCCAAAGGCUCCCUGCCCAGCCUCAUGGUCAGCUCAACUAGGGAGAGGAUAUACAAGCUCUCCAAGCACAAACGCAGCCAGGCAGCCAUUACUGAAACUUCCUCCACGGAGGCUGAUCAGGUCGUCAACAGAGGGCUGAAUGAGAUAAAGCUCGAUUCAACAUUAGAGGAGAGUGUUGAAAAAUCUGAGAAGGAAACAGAUGCUGCAAAGAAGAAAGAUGCAAAGACAGUGAUGAAGCAAGCCUAA